UGUCAUCAUUAAUUUAUUAAUUUUCCCUGAAAAAGACAAAAAAUUCUUAACAUAGAGGGAGAAAGUAUAUAUUUGUUUUGUAAUUUUCCCUUUCAUAAUAGUGUCAAUAAACAAAAAGUUCACAUGAAGAAAACUAUCAACAAUUGAUGAUCGGUUUGGAAUAACAGCAAUUUGCGUCGUAUCGCUACUGUUGAUAUUGAAAAGUUUGGGAAUUCGGAAGAAAUGUUUCGCAGUCGUAGCUGGUUUGGUGGCGGUUGGAAUAAACCAAAAAACCGUCUAUCAUUGGAUCAUUUGAAAUAUUUGUAUAGCGUUUUGGAAAAGAACACAACAGUAUCAGAGAAUAAUAGAGGCUUGUUGGUGGAAUCCUUGCGAAGUAUUGCCGAGAUAUUGAUAUGGGGUGAUCAGCACGAUUCCUCAGUGUUUGAUUUCUUCUUGGAGAAGAAUAUGCUGUCCUACUUUCUUCAUAUAAUGCGGCAGAAAAGUGGGGGCUCUAGUUUUGUGUGUGUUCAAUUAUUGCAGACAUUGAAUAUACUGUUCGAAAACAUUCGCAAUGAAACUUCUUUGUAUUACCUUCUCAGUAAUAAUCAUGUCAACUCGAUUAUUGUACACAAAUUCGAUUUUUCCGAUGAGGAUGUCAUGGGCUACUACAUAUUGUUUCUCAAAACGCUAAGCUUGAAACUAAACACCCAUACCAUUCAUUUCUUCUAUAAUGAGCAUACAAACGAUUUUCCUCUCUAUACGGAGGCUAUUAAAUUUUUUAAUCAUCCCGAGAGUAUGGUGCGAAUAGCAGUUCGAACAAUUUCUUUAAAUGUAUACAAAGUACAAAAUGCUAGCAUGUUGCGUUUUAUAAGAGACAAAACGGCUGCUCCAUAUUUUAGUAACUUGGUAUGGUUUAUUGGUAAACAUAUUUUAGAGUUGGACAAUUGUGUACGCACAGAUAUAGACCAUCAAUCGAAUCAAAAACUCUCAAACCUGGUUGCCGAACAUUUAGAUCACCUGCAUUAUUUAAACGAUAUACUCCUAUUGGAAAUAAACGAUUUAAAUGCGGUGCUAACAGAACAUCUGUUACAUAAACUUUUUGUACCUCUAUAUAUAUUUUCAUUAACACCGGCACCACCUCCACCAUCUUUGGCAUUAGUUACACAAAACUUGGCUGCAGUUUUGAAUCGCAAUGUCGAUAUUGACAUUCAGGAAAUGCAAAAUCCCAGAGUAUCUUCAAUUGUUGCUCUAUAUCUUUUAUCGCUGGUAUUUUUGGUGGUGACCCACUCCCCACUGGUCCAUGCCCUGGCAUGGGUUAUAUUGAAUGGUGAUAAUAGCGUAUUUAAGGAAGGUGCUGCAUCAGUUCUGUACGAGGAACAUCGUCAAGUUGUGGUGCCCAGUUUUACAGAACCCCGUGAAAGUUUGGAACAAGCAUUGGAUACAGCGGCUAAUUUCUCCGGUUACUCAUAUGGAGAAGAAACCACCGAGGAUAGUUUGGUGACAGCUUCUAAUAAUGACUCAGCAACGACUAGCAAUAUCCAUCCCGUAGAAGAAACUGAAAUCCACAGCUCUACUGAAGCCUUAGAAAAUGCUGUUUCGACCUUGUCCAAUGCAACGAAAUUGGCAAAUAUCACCGACGAAGAAAAGGAAAAAUUACAGCAACUAACAUCUCCCACCGCAGUGACGGUGAUCCAUCCAACAUUAAACAGACCUUUUUUGGAUACUGUCUUAUCGGCAUUGGACUGCUCCGAAAAUGACUAUUUGGCGCUUUUGGCUCUGUGUUUAAUAUAUGCCAUGACUUUUAACAAAGGAGUCAAAAAUGAUUGGUUUCAUCAGGUGCUAUCCAAAUCAAAUGGAGCACUCAGUUAUAAAUCGGAGAUAAUUGAACGCCUACUGAAUAUUAUUACAUUGUCCAAUCAACCAUCUUGUCGUAUUCGUCUCAUUACUAUUGAAAUAGCUUUACAUCUACUGGUGACCUUUACAAAGCCAACAGAAGAUUCGCCUGCCACAACCUGUAUAACAGAAGCUCAGCAGGAUUUGUUGUUUGCAGCUCGAAAUCAAUCAAUGUCUGUGUUGCGAAAUUUCUAUAAAUCCGAAGAUAUUUUUCUCGAUCUAUUUGAAGAUGAAUACAAUGAAAUGCGCAAAACCAAUUUGAAUGUCGAGUUUCUAUGCAUGGACUCGGCAAUUUUAUUGCCACCCACCGGUACUCCAUUGACUGGUAUACCAUUUACUAGACGUCUUCCCUGCGGUGAAGUAGAAAAGGCAAGGAGAGCCAUAAGAGUAUUUUUCUUACUACGCAAAACGUGCCAACAAUAUCUGAAUGAAAAAGAAAAUAUGCUGCCGUUGACGAACUCCGUUAAUUUGGUGCAAAUUGACAAUGUCUUGGAUUUGAACAACAGUGAUUUGAUAGCAUGCACGGUUAUUGCAAAGGAUAACGUUAAGCAGCGUAGAUUCCUGGUCAUUGAUUCGCUGCAGCUGAUCCUAGUUGAACCCGAUGCCAAACUUUUAGGUUGGGGCGUAGCAAAAUUUGUAGGAUUUUUGCAAGAUGUUGAAGUUAUUGGCGAUAAAGAUGACAGCAGGUGCUUGCACAUAACUGUGCAUCGCGGAGGUGCUAGCCACAACCGCACACCUCUAAUAUCUGCCAAAUUUUUAUUUGAUGAUCAUAUUAGAUGCAUGGCUGCGAAGCAAAGGUUGACGAAAGGCCGUAGUAAGGCCAGACAAAAGAAAAUGUAUCAAAUAGCACAGAUGAUCGAAAUACCGGGCCAGGUGAUAGAUUCGCCGGUUUAUGCUGUUGCUGGUUUAAGAUCUGCCAGUGGUCCCAGCAGUAGUAGCAGUUCUAGAUCUUCACGUGAUCACAGGCCAAUCUUUUCUACAAAUAAUCGAGUUCCUGGUUUCGCAGCUGCUUUACGAAGAGAAAAUGUGUCGGGCGGUGUUAGUCGCAUUCAAAUGGCUCAAAAUCGUUCCAUAGAAGGUAUACGUAAUGAAGGUUCGGGGCGUUCUCGCAGACGUAGCCCAACUUCCAGUGCUGUUGUAAGUAAUGGAGAAACAGGUUCAUCGCAGCGCGAACACUCUCAUUCUCCCAGUAUACGUGCCAAAAGUUCUUCUCACUCAAGAGACAACUCAUUACAAAGGACAUCACGCGAAGGUAGCCCUCUGACUCAAAGGCCUCGGUCCGAAGAAAUUCCUUUGGAGGAUUUUCAACAUUCGCGUAAUAACAGUCCGCAUGGAAGAACGCCUUCAUCAUCCUCUAAUGCUGGUUCACGUUCACAUACACCGUCAAGAGUGUUAAAUUUUGAUCAAAUGUCAGUACACAAUGCCUCGCCACGACGAGACAGUGCAAUGUCUAAUCAAACCAAUGGCGUUUCGAGCAGUAAAGAUAAUGUAUUACAAACUCAAAAGUCUUCGGAGGAAACAUCGUUUAUAGCUACGGAAGAACCAAAUUCCUCGAAUUGCACAGCUGGUUCUAGUGCUGCUAGACGUAAAGGAACCAUAGAAACUGUUUAAAUCAGUUCAUAUUCAUAUUUUUCGAUAGCAUAUACUUUUAAAAUUUAGACUAACAUUGAACAAUUGUUGCACGGUAAUGGUGAUUUGUUUUAAUAGUUGAUAAUAGUUUUAUUUACAAAAGAUUUGAUUUUACUGCACUUACAAACAUGUUGACUAAAAUAAUAGAAUAAUAGAUUAUACAUACCUACCUAUAUAUAUAUUUAAUAGAUUGUAAAUAACCAAUAUUUAGAAUACAAUUGUAUGUUAUUUUAAUACUAAACAAGGAUUACUAAUAACCGAAGCGAAAUCGUGGGUAAUAUUGAAAUACUUAAAAUUAAAAUAAUAACAGUUAACAUGAUUAAAUACAUUUUUUGAUAUUAUUUAAAACGUAAUUGAAACUGAUCGUGAGUUGGUAUCACACACCCAGCUCAUAAUCGAAUUUAAUAAAACUUCUUCUAUUUAAUAUAUGUUGAGUGGAACGAGGCUAUUUAGCGGCA